ACGCACAUCUCCUGCUCCUGCCAAGCUAGCUGAGCCAGCCACCUUACUCGACUCCCUACUAGUCAAGUAGUGAGUGUCACUGCGUCGUGCUCUGUCACUUACUCUGCGUGACCAACCAACCGGCCCACCUCCAUGGAGCUGCUCGCGCUGCUCACGGUGCUUCUGCUUGCGCACGCGGCGGCGUACCUUGCGUGGCAGGCCGUGUCGCGUCGCCGGCGGUCGCGCUGCUACCUCCUCGACUACGCGUGCCACAAGCCCUCCGACGACCGUAAGGUCACCACGGAGACGGCCGGCGCGGUGAUCGAGCGCAACAAGCGGCUGGGCCUCUCCGAGUACCGGUUCCUCCUCAAGGUCAUCGUCAACUCCGGCAUCGGCGAGCACACCUACUGCCCGCGCAACGUCCUCGAGGGCCGCGAGGAGACCCCCACCCACGCCGACUCGCUCGAGGAGAUGGACGACUUCUUCGCCGACGCCGUCGCCACCGUCCUCUCCAGGACCGGCGUCCCCGCGCGCGACGUCGACCUCGUCGUCCUCAACGUGGGCUCCUUCUCCCCGGAGCCGUCGCUAGUGUCCCGCCUCGUGCGGCGGUUCGGCAUGCGGGAGGACGUCAUGGCCUACAACCUCUCCGGGAUGGGCUGCAGCGCCGGGCUCAUCGCCGUCGACCUCGCCCGGAACGUCAUGCUCACGCGCCCCCGCACCGUGGCGCUCGUCGUCACCUCCGAGUCCUGCGCCCCCAACUGGUACGUCGGCACCGACAAGUCCAUGAUGCUGGGGAACUGCCUCUUCCGCUGCGGCGGCGCCGCCGCGCUGCUCACCAACGACCCCGCCCUCCGGCACCGCGCCAAGAUGGAGCUCCGGUGCCUCGUCCGCGCCAACAUCGCCGCGCACGACGACGCGCACGCCGCCGCCGUGCACCGCGAGGACGCCGACGGUCGUCUCGGCGUCAGCCUCAGCAAGGCGCUCCCCAAGGCCGCCGUCCGCGCCUUCACCGACAACCUCCAGCGCCUCGCCCCCCGCAUCCUCCCAGCCCGCGAGCUCGCGCGCUUCGCCUCCCGCCUACUCCUCCGCAAGCUCCUCAAGAAGCCCAAGGCGGCGGGGGCGGGGGAGGGCCCCAAGAUCGACUUCACCACCGGCGUCGACCACUUCUGCCUCCACCCCGGCGGGACGGCGGUGAUCGAGGCGGUGAGGAAGAGCCUGGGGCUCACCGCCCACCACGUGGAGCCGGCGAGGAUGACGCUGCACCGGUGGGGGAACACGUCGGCGAGCAGCCUCUGGUACGUGCUGUCCUACAUGGAGGCGAAGCGGCGGCUGAAGCGCGGGGACAGGGUGCUCAUGGUCACCUUCGGGUCGGGGUUCAAGUGCAACAGCUGCUACUGGGAGGUGAGCAGGGACCUCGCCGACGCCGGGGCAUGGGAGGACUGCAUCGACCAGUACCCGCCGGAGACACUGGUGAACCCCUACAUGGACAAGUUCGGAUGGGUCAACGACAUCCAGGGACAGGGAGGCGGCUUCGUCUUCUAAUCAUGCAUCAUCAGUUGAUUAAUCGAUUAAUUAACACCGUCGCCAGUUGUUAUUAUUAAUCCAUUCCAUUCGUCGUCUUUUAGAUGUACAUGCUCUGCUGCAAAGAAGGAAGAAGUUUGUAGCAGGGUGUGCGUGAAAAAAAAAAGAUACAAGCAAGGUGGUAUUGUACCCGGAAGCAUUUUAUAUUUCUUGUAUGUGUGUAUAUGCGGCUUUGAACCUUUACAGGAACAUAUACAUUUGAUAAUUACCCCCUGGUCUGAAAUAGAAUUAUUUUCUUGCA